CUGGGCCGCGGCGGCGGCGGCGGCCUGGGCUUCGGGCGGGAUGGAGGAGGCCGCGAUCGGGGAUGCCGAACUCAACUGGUCCCGCCUUAACGUGUCGGCCGAGGCCCUGGAGUCGGAGCUGGAGGCGCGCGCCGAGGAGCGGCGGGGCUCGCGGGAGGCGCUGCUGCGGCUGCUGCUGCCUUACACCCGGCUGACGUCGCUGCCGCGGGCGCUGAGCGGCGGCUUCCCGCAUCUCCAGCUCCUGGACGUGAGCGGCAACGCGCUCACGGCGCUGGGGCCCGAGUUGCUGACGCUGAGCGGCCUGCGCACGCUGCUGGCCAGGAACAACCGGCUCGGCGGCCCGGGCUCGCUGCCCAAGGGCCUGGCCCGCUCGCCGCUCUGCCGCAGCCUCCAGGUGCUCAACCUCAGCGGCAACUGCUUCCAGGAGGUUCCCCCCUCGCUGCUGGAGCUGCGGGCGCUGCAGACCCUCAGCCUGGGCGGCAACCAGCUGCAGAGCAUCCCCGCCGAGAUCGAAAACUUGCAGAGUUUAGAAUGCUUAUACCUUGGAGGAAACUUCAUUAAAGAAAUCCCACCAGAAUUAGCAAAUCUUCCUUCUCUGAAUUACUUGGUGUUAUGUGACAACAAAAUCCAGAGUGUGCCUCCUCAGCUCUCACAGUUGCAUUCCCUUCGUUCCCUGAGUCUUCACAAUAACUUGCUGACAUACCUGCCUCGUGAGAUCCUCAACCUUAUUCAUCUGGAAGAGUUGAGUUUGCGAGGAAAUCCAUUGGUUGUCCGUUUUGUUAGGGAUUUAACAUAUGACCCUCCAACUCUUCUGGAAUUAGCUGCAAGGACCAUUAAGAUCCGAAGUGUUUCUUACACUCCCUAUGAUCUUCCUGGGAAUCUCCUUAGAUACUUGGGUUCAGCCAGCAAUUGCCCAAACCCAAAAUGUGGUGGAGUCUAUUUUGACUGCUGUGUCAGACAAAUUAAGUUUGUGGACUUCUGUGGGAAGUACCGCCUCCCCCUGAUGCACUAUUUGUGUUCUCCAGAAUGCUCUUCCCCCUGCAGCUCUGCCUCGCACAGCUCCACGUCCCAGAGUGAGUCGGACUCAGAAGAUGAGGCCAGUGUUGCCGCGCACAGGAUGCAGAAGGUUCUUCUUGGUUGAGCAGCAGUGGGUGUUGACAAUGCUAAAACACUAAGCAAAGAUGAUUCAAAAAGAAAAUGAAGCUUGAAGUUGAUUGGAAGCCUUAGUGUUUUCAUCUUGACUGUCCGUGUAAGAGUUGUAGUGAUCUAUCUGUUUAGAAAGAGUCCAGUUCCGUGCUUAGGUUCUUUGAGUGUAAUUUAUUCUGCAUGGCAGUUCAGAAUUCAUCAGCUGGUUGGUCACGAGUUUUACUAAGUCUUUGAUCAAACACUAGAAGAAUGGUACACUCUGAGGAGCAGUCACAGUCAGCCUGGAGUGGUGUUACCUGGGGCCAUUGGGUUGACUAAGAUGUCAGUCAUCACAAUUGUGCUUCCAGAGUUGUCCUGAUCUGUGCUGAACACUAGGCUGUAAAUAGAAUGAGCGUCAUCCGUUCUUGAGCCUUUCUGACCAACCAACUGGUACUGUGAGGACUGUCCCUUUUAAAUGGAAUUUAAACUUCAGCUCUUGUUUUGUGUGAUUGUUACUAACUAUAUGCAGUCUAGUUGUGAUGUGUUACAGUACCAUAAUCAUAGCGAGGGUAUGGAAGCUUAUUCUAGAAAUGAUUUCAGAGAAGCCUGCAACCUGACACUGCAGAACACUUGGAAAUGUGCUUUAACAGGCUAGGUAAAGAACUGUGUAGAUAAUACCCGAGCCCUUCAGGCCUGGAACUCUGUAGAAUGGGCUGGCCAGGAACUCAGAGAUCCACCUGCCUCCACCUCCUGUUGCUGGCAUUAAAGGUGCGUGCCACCACCUGCCUCCAUGAUCAUCUUAACUUCAUUUUGCUAAUUGCAAUGAUCUCUUGUAAGCAUGGCUUUUACACUUGUGGGAGUGAUCGAUCUAUUUGCCAAAAGAUAGAAUAAUCUAUAAUAAUAUUUCCCAACAGGAAAAUCUAGAUGGCAAGUGAUCUAAGAAAAACUGCUUUAUAAUCGUGGACUAAAUCGAGAAAAGUUGGCCAUGGUUGUGCAUACCUCCAAACCAGCACUAGGAGGUAGAGGCAGAAGAUGAGUUCAGAGUUAGCCUGGGCGCCAUUGUGAGGUUGAAGCCAGCCUGGGAUAGAUACAUGAAAACUUGUCUCAAAGUGGGGGUGAGUUAGGGUGGGGGUGGAUUUUAACCAUCAAGGGGCUGGCUUGUUUGUUGGGGUUUUCUGUCCUGCUCGGUACCCCCAGCUGUUUAGUCCCAGAGAAAAAUCACACAUAGAUCUCUAAGUUAUAAAGCUGAUUGAUUGGCCCAUUAGCUCUAGCCUCUCACUGGCCAACUCUUUCACCUUGAUUAGCCCAUUUUUUUGAUCUAUGUUAGCCAUGUGGCUCAGUACCUUUUUCAGUGAGACAGAUCACAUCCUGCUGCUUUGGUGAUCUGGGCAGGAGUGGGAGGAAUCAACUUCCUCCUUCCCAGAAUUCUCCUGUUCUCAUAUCAUUUCUACUUCCUGUCUGGUUUUCCCACCUAUACUUUCUGCCUGGCCAAUCAGCGUUUAUUUAAAACAUGAUUGACAGAAUACAGACAAUUCUCCCGCACCAAAAUGUGUCUCCUUUGCUUUUAUUAUAUACUAAACCAAAACUUCCUCUGCAUUUGAAAGAAAAACUACAACUAGAUAACAUGACUAUUCGAAGAUAGUCAGAAGUGGAGCUCAUUGUGUUCAUCUCAUAGAACUGUUGAGCACUGAGAAAGAAAUAUCAAUAAAACAGGACAGAAAACGCUAAAAUGUUGUAUCCUUAAGUGUAGGAGAAAAGUAGCAACACAAAUUAUUGUCAUUGGAAAUUAACAGAUUUGCUAGCUAGUUGAUUACACAAUAAAAACUAAUGUUAAAACUAUAAAUUGGAAUUAGGAAAUAUUGACUCAACACUGAUGAUCAAAUAAGCAGCCUGUAUAUAGUAGCAUGAAGACUGGUUGGUAAGCACUAACAGUAGGUUCAGAUCACAUUAGGGCGCUGGUGAUCUUGAAGAGUGCUUUGUUAGAAGCCAGCUGUAUGCUGACAAUAUUUGCAUGGUAGGUUUCUUGUAUAUAUUGCUUUUAUUUUAGUAGAUUAUAUUAGUAGAUUAUAGGGUAAUUCAGGGUUUGUGUGUGUUUGUAUUACGUCAUGAAACACGAGAGUUUCGUGGCUGCAGUUGUGAAACGCUGCUAUAGUGAGUCCCCUUACCUUUUCCUCAAAAUAGUGUAGUAAGAUAAUUUUUUUAUUUAGGAAUUUUCUUCCUGUGUUUAUAGAAGUGAUGUUUGUACUGCUAGCAUAGUUAAUUGUACAAUAGAAGUUAUAGUCUUUGUACUUCCCAAGUAUGCAGCUGUGAGCUGCAGACUGCUGGAUUAGGACAGGCAGUGACACUUGGGCAGUACCCAAGUGUCAAACUUGUAAAUGCUUUGUAAUUAGAUGACUUUACUUAAACAACAUAGAAUAUUUUCAUGGAAAAUGUUCAGAUGAUGGGACCCUAUUCUUCUGGUUUAAAUACUUCUAGUUUUUUGAUUGAUAAUCCUCUAGUACUAAGUGAUAGCUUGAGUAGCCUUUUAGGAAUUACUUGUAAAUAGCCUUGUAAGUAGAGCAUCUAAUGCUACUCUUUCCAGCUUCCUAGAGAGAAGCUGUACUGUUUCAUCUGUCAUAAAUGUAAAUAUUCCCGCCUGUGGCAUGUAGAUGUAUCUAUCCUAUGGAGUUCUUUCAAUGAAGUGUUUUUUAUAUGUGUAGUUAAACUCUGUGAACAGUGAGCCAGGUCAGCGUGUAGCUGUCUUUUGGGCAGGGGUUGGGUUUAUAGGGAUAGAUGCAGGGCCUUGUGCAUGCUAAGCAAACUACAGUCAACGCCUAGCAUAGAUAGCUUUUAUGAAGUCUUCUUUGGUAGCUGUUUUACUUUUUUUGUUGUUGUUUUUAAUCCAUCUUUGGCCUUAUCCUUUACAAGAGCUGCCAAUGAUUGCUAAAAUCUUUUUUCUUCCUUUUUCAUCCUUUUCCUUUUUUAGAAAACUGAUUAUAGACAUUAGCUUAGUGAGAUAGGAAUUGGCCAUUUAGAAUUCUGAUCAUCUUCUGAAGUCAGCUGAAUGCCGUAGUAGUGGUAGUCUGUCUCGCUAGUUAUGAAUCCCAUUAUUUAUACAGCUAAUGAACUCUUAGAGUUUCAGAAUUGGCAAGGGCUAAUUUUCACAAUACAGCUAUUUUAUUUUCUGAGACAGGGCCUGGCUGUGUAGCUCAGGCUAGCCUUGAACUUACUGUGUAUAGCCCAGUCUUGCCUCAGCUUCCCAGCUGCUCGAGUCACAGGUGUAAACCACGGACCCAGCUCAGUAGAAGUGUGCCAGAGGGGCCUCCUGGUCUGAAAGUCUUGAUGUUUAAAUUUUUGUCACUAAUAUUAAAAAUAAGCAUACAUUGUAAAUUGACUUCAAAUAUGAGAAAGUUGGGGGUGAUGUAAGUAAAAAUUAAAGGCAACCCUCAAUAGUGCAGCAUGUCUGUGCAGACCAGUUCUAACAGACACUGCAAAUACUGGGUUUAUGAAGGCUCAAGAAGAGGCUCCUUGCUUGAAUGUUAAGAAAAACAAAUCUUUAGAAGCAGCAAAGGAUAGGGAAAAUUAAGCCAGUGAAGCUCUGUUGAGUAAUAAGGAAUUCUUUUAAAAUUGACUUGCCAAGUGGUCUGUUGCUGGCAUCUGAUAACCUGGUCACUGAGUUUAAUACUGUUAUUAUUCUAUUGGUCCCUGUGCUGGAGGCUGCUCCAUUGCUCUGGUAAAGUAGAGCCAGCAAGCUGUAGGCUUUCUCUUACCCUUGCUCUUACCAGAGCUGGAAAGUAGUUUCUCAUUGGCCUCGUUACUAGUACAGCAGGUAGCCUUGGUGAAUCGCGCUUUUUUCUUUUAAACUGUAAAUUAAGCAUUUAGUAGUAGCUCUUUGCAUAAAAACAUGUUUAUUCUCUAAGUUCCCAUGUGAGUGCUUAUAGAUAUGACUAUCAGUAAAAGUGUAUAUGUAAAAUUAUUUAGCUGCAUUUAUUUUAAAGUGCCUAAUUUUUAUCUAAUUGAUUUGCCUUUCAUCUAAAAGUACAUUUUAAGUAUUGCUCUCCAUUUAAAUCAACGUACUGCGUUUUUAAGUUAGGCUAGGCAGUGUAACCCUGGUGAAGGGUGCUGUGUGACCCUGGUGAAGGGUGCUGUGUAGGCUUCAGGUGUGGGACCUAUAGCAUGUAACUCUGUUUCUUUGCUUAGAAAAGAAGUAUUUAGUUAGCUUCAUCUUCUGUAUGCUAAGCAUUUAAUAUUAUGUAACAUUGAUUCAGUAGCAUGUAGUUUUAUAUUUUCAUCAUCGUGUAAUCUUUUUGAUAGUAUAGUUGGUAGAAGUAUCCUUUGUGGUCUGAGAGUAAGUGCCUUAAGUCUUCCAUUUAACUCGAAAUACAGUACGUAAAGUAUAUUAUAUGGUAAAUUGUCAGUGAUGGCCAUGUGGUCUUCUGCAUUGACCUGAAGGAGAAAGUCUGAUCCUGAGAGAUUCCUUUGCCACCACAGGCCUGCUGGUUUCUCGGGGGGGGGGGGUCUUCUGGGGAGGGAAUCUUAAUCAAACUGUACCAGGAGAUAAGAGCCCUCUGGAACCAAGGAUCAAGCACCACCGCUACCCUGCCCCCAGAAAAGAAGUGUAUCUUUUAUGUAGUGUUUUAUUUAAAUGUAUAUGCUACCACAAAGGACAGGAGAAGUUUUAUCAUCUUAGGAAAAUAUUGUCACUGAGGUAUAUAGCAUGUUGUAUCACCGUUUUCCUAUAGGCUGAAGGGGAUAGCUUAAUGUGUUUAAGUGCCACCGUUCUUUUUACAUUUUUCUUGAUCUCUAUUUACUAAGGAUUAAAUUAAGCAUUCCACUAACUCACAGCCGAACACUUAGAAGGUGGUCUUGAUGGGUGCUGCUAGGCUUUCUCUUAGCAUUAGUCAGCCUCAAUAAUUGAUAGAAUAUUCAGUCUCGUGUGUGUGUUAUGUGUGUAUUAAAUCUAGUAGCUUAGUGAAGGUUAUUUACAUGCAGAAAACUGUCUGCAUUUACUAGAAUAUACUCUAUUCUUUUGGCCAUAACUAAAUUGAAUAAAAUUGUUUAUUCAAAACCCUAGCUGGAGGAAGAAAGUAGGAUGAGGUCGGUAAUGCUGUUACUGCAACCAUAAGUAAGUUGAUUGGUUUUGUGUACAAGGAUGGUUGAGAAUCCCUGUUCUCACAGUUAACAUGGUCAGCACUGGUGUUCCUGAGAAACAGUGCUGACCCCAGUGGUCACUUUCUAACAGUCAUGUGCAGACUUGUGCUGAGGUUUGUUGUAUUCUAAGUCCAUUUGGUGUUGUUAGAACAAAACACAAUGGGAAAGACUGUCUGCAUAACCAACCUUCGCUUUCUGUAAAGUCGGGGGCUUCAAAUGCCAACAAGAUGCUGAAAAGUGUUACUUCUACUUUGGUCAAAUUAUUAUGUAUGCUCUGACUUCUUUAGUUUUCAGUACCUAAAGUCUUAUGUAUUAGAAAUAUCUGUAUAAUUAUAUAUAUAUAACUAAAAUGUAACUCAGAAAUGUGAAUUAAUAAUGGAGUUUGUUUUCUGGAAAAGAUAUAGUCCUGUUGUAUCAAAUUUAUGUUACCUUAUAAUGGCUAAUAUUCUAAAAAGAAUGCUUAAACUAUUUAAAUUCUUGUGCCUCCUUCCCCCAAAGGACAUGAAAAAAUAUGAUCUUAUAUUAACUUUAUAUACUUUCUUCAUGAAUUUUGCCUUAAACAUUGUGCCUUGUUUUAUUAGAUUCCAAUUCUGGUCUUUGUAACAGCAUUUUAUUCUAAACAAACAUUUAUUUUAAAAAGAAAAUUUAUAAUGCCUGUAUUUGGUAUAUCACUGCUUAUCUGUUUAUUGAAUUUAUUUGAAUACACAACUCCAAAAAUAAAAUGUGUAUUAGCAUU